AUGCUCACACAACUGUUAGCAGCUCAGGCCCAAUGUCAGGAAUCUGGGUCAAGUUCAGGAAAUAAUGGAGAGUCUUCUAAGACUAAAGAUUUCCUCAGAAUGAAUCCCCCAAUCUUCACGGAGACAAAGAAAGACGAGGACCCUCAGGACUACAUUAAUGCUCUUCAGAAGAUCUCCAGGAUUAUGAUAGUUACAGAAAUCGAAGCAGCUACUUUUGAAACCCAUCAGCUGCAGAGCGUUGCCAACACUUGGUACGAAUCUUGGGAAUUAUCCCAAGGUGAGGAUGCACCUGAUGCUACAUGGGAUGAAUUUACAAGCACAUUCCUGGACCACUUCAUGCCAAUAGAAGUCAGAGAAGCUAAGGCUGAGCAAUUCCUGAAGCUUAAACAGAAUGGCAGGUCAGUUCAGGACUACUAUUUGGAAUUUAUCAGUCUGGCUAAGCAUGCUCCAAAUAUGGUACCGGACAUGAGGGCAAGAGUGAGGAGAUUUGUUGGGGGUCUUGAUUCCCAUUUGUAUGAUGGGGCCAAUAUUGCUGCACAGAAUGGGGGGAUGACUAUCUCCAAGAUGGUUGCUUUCGUACAAGGGAACGAGACAAGGCUGAAGGAGGAGGAAGCCUUGCAGAAAGAGAAAGACAAGGAGUUCAACAAGAGGGUCAAGUCUAACGGACAGUCAGCGAUCGAGGAUGGUUAUUAUAAAGAGUCUGACUCUAUUUAUUCAUUGAACAUAGGUGUAUCAUUGGAACCAUUAAUUGGAGCAAUAGCAGCUGGAAAUGUUAUGGUCUUGAAACCCUCAGAGCUAGCUCCUGCAUGUUCCUCAGUGCUAGCCAAGACAAUCCCAACUUAUCUGGAUAGCAAAGCUAUUAAAGUCAUUGAAGGUGAUUAUUCAGUUGGUCAGAAACUGUUGCAACAGAAAUGGGACAAGAUUUUCUUUACAGGGAGUACAAAAGUGGCUCAAAUUGUCAUGGCAGCUGCAGCGAAGCAUUUGACUCCAGUGACCCUGGAAUUGGGCGGAAAGUGCCCUGCUAUCAUUGAUUCACUCUGCAGUUCGUGGGAUAAAAAUAUCGCAAUGAAAAGAAUUCUUUCUGGGAAAUUUGGGACCUGUGCUGGCCAAGUAUGUGCUGGAAUUGAUUAUAUCCUCGUCAAGAAGACGUUUGCCAGCGAAUUGGUACAAAUGAUUAAACUUGCCAUUCCAAAAAUGUUUGGAGAAAAUCCAAAAGAAUCACAUUCAAUGUCGAGGAUCGUUAACAAAACGCAUUUCUUGAGAAUAAAGAAUCUCUUAGAUGAGCCAAUGGUAAAAGCUUCAAUCAUAUAUGGAGGUUCAACCGAUGAAGAUAAUCUGUAUAUUGAGCCCACAUUACUUUUGGAUCCUCCAGUGCAAGCAGCAAUCAUGACUGAAGAAAUUUUUGGUCCAUUGCUCCCUAUCUUAACAAUGGAUAACAUCGAGGACAGUAUUGAAUUUAUCAAUGCAAAGCCUAAGCCACUUGCCAUAUAUGCCUUUACCAAAGAUGAAGAGCUCAAAAGGAAGAUUAUAAGCAGAACAUCUUCAGGAAGUGUGGUGUUCAAUGAUACAAUUAUCCAAUAUGCAGCAGAUACACUUCCAUUUGGGGGAGUAGGGCAAAGUGGCUUUGGAAGGUACCAUGGGAAAUUUUCAUUUGAUACAUUUAGCCAUGAGAAAGUAGUUGUAAGGAGGAGCUUUCUUACAGACAUCUGGUUUAGAUAUCCUCCUUGGAAUGAUCAUAAGCUUCAACUCUUUCGGUUUGGUUUUAGAUAUGAUUAUCUUAGUAUAGUUCUUAUUGCACUAGGACUAAAGAAGGCUUGAUGUUUGCUCAAUAUCCUAUUUUAUACUAGCAAAUAUUUGUAUUUGUAAUAGAUUAGUUAUCUGUCUUGCCUGCCCUAUUGAUAAAGUUUGAUAUGAAAUUUACAAUUAAGUGUGGAUUUUCAUCCGUUA